UCUGGUAGUGCAUGGCGACGCGCUCGCGGUGCUGGAAGUCGCUGCCGUCGGUGCCGGCCGCUCGCGGGCCCGCCCGGGACGCCAUGGCCCCCCGCGCCCCCCGCGCACGCCGCCCGCUGCCGCAGCCGCCCGAGACUUGCCCCGGCUCCGCCGCCCCGGCGGCCGCGCUGUUCCCGAGCGACGACUUCCGGCCUCUCUGUCUCGGCGGGGGCGACUCUAUCGUCGCUUCCGGCGCGCCGACGCACGCGCGCUCCCGAGGCCCCGCCCCGCCCCGCGGUGGAAGCCGGAAGUGGCUGGUGGCGGCCGGCGUGUCGUCGCCUCCCGGCUGUUCUCGGUCCAGUGUGGUUCAGCUGACGAGGAUGGAAUAUGCCAUGAAGUCCCUCGGCCUCCUGUACCCCAAGUCCCUCUCCAGGUACGUGGCCGUGAGCGCCACCUCCGUGGUGACCCAGCAGCUGGUGGAGGCAGAGGCGCCCCGGGCCCGGCCCUGCAAGGUCAGCAGCGCCGACCGCAGUGUCCGCAAGGGCAUCAUGGCGCGCAGCCUGGACGAUCUCCUGGGCAAGGUCCGCGACACCGAGCUGCCCGCCAGCAAGCCCUUCUCCCUGGUGCUGGAGGAGGACGGCACGACGGUGGAGACUGAGGAGUACUUCCAGGCGCUGGCCGACGACACCGUCUUCAUGGUGCUCCAGAAGGGGCAGAAGUGGCAGCCGGCCUGGGCGCAGAGGAGCAAGUACCAGCGGUCCCUGUCUCGGAAGCCCGCCCAGAAGAUCGACGUGGCCCGUGUGACCUUCGACCUGUACAAGAUGAGCCCCCAGGACUUCCUGGGCUGCCUGAACGUGAAGGCGACGCUCUACGGCACCUACUCCCUGUCCUACCACCUGGACUGCGCCGGGGCCAAGCGCCUCAUGAGGGAGACGCUCCGCUGGGCCAUCUUCAGCAUGCAGGCCACGGGCCACAUGCUGCUCGGCACCUCCUGCUACAUGGAGCAGGUCCUGGACGCCACGGAGGGCAGGCCGCCCCCCCAGCACCAGGCCUCCGCCCUGCUCCCCACCUGUCUGAAGAUGCUGCAGUGAGGCCUCGCCGGGGGACCCUGCCCAGGCGGGAGCACCCACAGCCCGGCAGCUGGAGCCGCGGGCCUCGCCAUACCUCUCUCACUCCACGGGGACACGGAAGAGAAGCGGGGUUGCCGGACCCCCACAGGGGGUGGCCAAAGGAGAACCCGGAGUUCCAGGCCUGACCUGGCAACUUCCUGCCCGGAGGGCUUAGCGGGGCUGGAGCCCGAGGAGGCCGGCCGUGGGGUCUGCCCUCGCUGCCCCUUCACCCGCGACAGCG